AUGCAUUUCCAGGGGCCGACGGGGCCAGUCGGAGACACAGGGGUACCAGGACCACAGGGACCCCCUGGACCACAGGGACCCAGUGGACGCUCCAUCAUUGGACCCCCGGGUGGUCCAGGUGAAAGGGGACAGAAAGGAGACGCUGGACAACAGGGUCCUCAGGGGGUUCCAGGUCGGGCUGGAGCUCCAGGCAGAGAAGGACCACCAGGACCCAGAGGAUUAACCGGAAAAGACGGCGCUCAGGGACGACCAGGCCCCUCUGGAGUCAUCGGAACACCAGGAGCUCCAGGGGCCCCAGGAAACACCGGCCCCCCAGGAAAACAGGGAGAACUGGGACCACCG